AUGGACAGUAACCAGGCACGCGGAAAAAGCACCACAGGCAUCAACGAGUGGAAACAACGCCCCCCCUACCGCAUCCACGAUUCUAAUGAGAAAUUCGACGUCAAGUACGAAGCGAACUGCCACUGCGGAAAGGUAAAAUACCAAUUGAGCCGAAAGGAACCUCUAGACAGCAAAUUGUGCCAUUGCACAACCUGCCAGACCCAACACGCCGCUCCCUUCCAAUGGGCAGCCAUCUUCCACAAAGAAGACAUCAACUUCACCAACGGCCACCACGACCUGGAAUGGUACGACCCGACCGAGAAGUCGAUCGAGCACAAGCUUCCAUGCAAGGUCCGCUGCAGCUACUGCCACUCGCCGAUCAUGGACGAGGGACGGAACAUGAUUCUAUUGUUCCCUAGCUUGAUUCACCUCAAGGAUGACCAGGCGAAGGCAUAUUUUAAGCCGCGCCUCCACAUGUUCUACGGCCAACGAGUCAUGGACAUCCCCGAUGGUCUUCCCAAAUGGACGGGGUUGAGCAACGAGAGCGACCUCAUUGAAGACAGUCCGCCCGAGCUUGUCAAGGAGUUUGAAAGGAAGAGAGAGGAAGAGCGUAAGAAGAGGUUUGAGAAGGGCGAGAAUGAGUAG